GUGAGUAAUUGUCACUCCAAAGUAACUUCGCUUUCAACAACAUGGACGAAACAGCCACAACGAGGGGAGGAACAACAGCAGGUCCCUCAAAAUCCACUGUUACUAAGAAAAAGACACAAGGAACAACCACAAAGAAAGGAACAACAGCAGGUCCCUCAUCAUCCACUGUUACUGAGGACAAGACACAAGGAACAACCACAAAGAAAGGAACAACAGCAGGUCCCUCAUCAUCCACUGUUACUGAGGACAAGACACAAGUCACAAACACGAAGAGAAUAGUCAUCUUGGGGAAAACGGGAGCUGGGAAAAGCAGCCUGGUUAACACCAUAUUUGGAGAGAAACUGUUGAAGAUCAAUCAUACUUUCAGCUCAGGAACAAAAGAAUGUCGAGCAGAAACCAGAUCUGCCAAUGGAAGACACAUCACUUUGAUCGACACUCCUGGUUUCUUCGACACAAAUAGACCCCAGGAGGAGCUGAAGCGUGCGAUAGUGAGGAGUAUCAUAGAGUGCGCUCCUGGGCCUCAUGCUUUUCUCAUUGUGCUUAAAGUGGAGAAAUUCACAAAGCACGAGGAGUCUGUCAUCAACAAAAUAAAAAACAGCUUUUCUGAUGAUGUCUUCAAAUAUGCAACAGUUGUAUUCACUCAUGGUGACCAACUCGAUGAAGAACAGACAAUUGAGGAUUUGGUGUGCCAGAAUCAGCUUGUGAGUGAUCUGGUGGAGAAGUGUGGAGGUCGCUGUCACGUCAUCGAUAAUAAAUACUGGAAUGGAAAGCCAGAGGAUGAAUACAGAUGCAACCAGUUCCACGUGGAGGAGCUACUGAAGACAAUAGACAACAUAACUGAGGCACACCAAGGAGGCUGCUACACAAAUGAGAAUCUAAAAGCAGUGGAGAGGGAAAAACAACAAGAGGAGGAGCACAUUCGACAGUCAUUAGGAAACAUUUCAGAGGGAGAGAUCAGAGAGCAGGCUAAGGGCAGCGUGUUUAAAAAGCUUUUGAAAAAACUGGCACAUAUUGCAACAGGUGCAUUGUUAGGAGCUUUUUAUGGGGUACUAGGGAGCACAAUUUUAACUCAAGGAACAGCUUUCCAAGCAGCUGGAACUGGAUUAGGCACAUUUGCUGCAGGGGGAGUGGGAGCAAUGUUCGGAGGUAUUGCAGCAUAUGAUGCAACUGACGAAGAAGACACACUACAGGGAGGUACAGAAAGGGCAACACAGACCGUCACAGAUGGAGCCCUAUUUCUCUUAGAUAAAGUACAGGAGGUAGUGGACAAAGUAUUAAAGAUAAAAAAGAGUCAAAAAUGAGCCAUGACUCUUGAAGGGGAAGAUAAUUUAGCAGUUAAAAUUCAUGUCUCCCUGUCAGAUUACUUGAAAUCUUGUUCUAGACCAUCCUUAACAACUGAGCUGAAGUGCAUUUCUUAACUUCAAACUUAAGUUGCUUGUUUCACAAGUGUGUGGGCAGCUGUGAAUCAGGAGGUAGAGCAGCUUAUCCACUGAUCAGAAGAUUGACUGUUUGAUCCCUGGCUUCUCCAGUCCACAUGUUGGACUAAAUCCCAUAUUGCUGUGUGAGUGUGUGAAUGUCUAAACUAAGUAGUGGGUGGCACCUUGUACAGUAGCCUUGGCCAGGAGUGUGUGUGAAUGGGUGAAUUUGACCCUGUAUUGAAACAGUGGAUCUACACAGAGCCUACGCACUUGGCCUACACAUUUGUAAGUUCGUCAAACACACAUUAAACAUGACUUAAUAUAAAUAUAAACCAUAAAUAUACCAACUGGCUUUACUGUAACUUGCGAGGCUGAAAGACAAAAGACUUGUCUUUUGCUGGACACAUUUUCACCACAAAUAAAACAUGCUAACAUUAUUAGCACAAGCAUAUGAUAUUUUACAUGCAUAAAUUAAUUAAUAAAUUAGCAUGGCGGCUAGCGGACUUUCCUCUACUCACAUGAAGCGAGGAACAACAGCAACAUUUCACAAAGUUAACAUAAAAAAAUAUGGUUCCAUUGUAACUCGCACAGUUUACCGACAAAACAAUAUUUUUUUACUUGACAUGUUUUCCCCACAUAAACAUGCUAACAUUAUUAGCAUAAGGCUAUGACAUUUUACAUUGCAUAAAUUAGCCUAGUGGCCAGCAGACUUUCUUCUACUCAUAAGAAGUCAAGAUUAUUCACACACAGGACUUAAAAUGCUGUUAUGUGGGGGUUUGUGGUCUUCAUAAUUUAUUGUUUCUUAUAUGUGAAAUUAAAGUAAAUUAAAGUUUUGUUUCCAGUGAGGGAAAUGGUUCUCAGAUUAUGCAAAUAAACAGAAGGUCUGCAUCGCCACAACGUGCAGUUACAUUUUUGGGGAGGUGAAUAGCAAGCUACGGCACAGGUACGCUGAGUCUACACUGUAGGUACGGUGUGGAUUCAAUGCAGAAGUUUUAAACCUGCUUUAUGGUGCUUUGAGUUAUGGUGCUAUACAAGUGCAAAUCCAUUUACAAACCAAUUUGUUUUUUGUUUUUUUAAAUACUAAACUUUAAAUUUCAUAUUGUACAUACAUGUCCAAUCCUUUCUGUUAACCUGUUUACAUCUUAUGAUCCAUACUGGUGAUUUGUUUCAGCAUUGUAUAUAUUUUGGAUUAGAGUUUAUAUAUUUUAUUCUUUCUAAUGUUGUAUUGCAGCUGCUGCACAGCAAUUUCCUUGGGGAUAAAUAAAGUCCUGU